CAGCUGUCAUUGAUAAAAAUGGCGAAUUGUAAUAAAGUCAGGAAGUCGAAAAAAAAUUUUUAAUUUACUUUAGUUUGUGACAAAGAUACAACUUUUCUUAUUGAAGGAAGUGGGCUGGGGAAGCACAGACUAAACAUUCGAAGUGUGCACCUUUUAUUUUACUUUCUUGAUUUUUCCAUUUUGGACAGUAUUAACUUUUCGCUGUCCCUUGAAUCUCGAUCAGGGCAAUAUUUGUAUACCGAAAGAUAUAAAUGAACCAGAUUCAACUACAGGAACUUACUACUCACCUAUCCCAGGCACUUGAUCAAAACUACGAUGUCGUCAAUAUGGAUACAGUGCUCUCUGUUAUAUGUGCAUUGGAGGGCACAACUAUCACCAAGGAGCAGCUGGAGGCCACCAGAUUGGCUAAGUACAUUAAUCAGCUUAGAAGAAGGACCAAGAAUGAGCACUUGGCUCGACGUGCAAAAUCCUUGUUGAAAAAGUGGCGGGAAAUGGUGGGAAUUCAGCAAAACGCCACUGAUCAUUUGGCACAUCUCAGUCAAACUUCUUUCACACAACCAGCAUUAGAUUUGGCUAACUCCCCUAUCAACAGCUUCAUUGGCGAACCCAUUGCUCCUUCGCAGGAAAUAAUUUCCGAUAUGCAUUCAAAUAUUGAUUCUGCGGAUCCUCCGCCAUUGGGUAUAUAUACCCGGCUUCAUCCGAACUUCUCCAAUCUUGUAAAUGCUACAAAUAAUAGCGAUUGCCAGGAAAACAUGGCUGUAACGACAUUGCAUACACACAAGGAAAAGAGAAAUUUACAUCCUAUCCGAAGUAGCCACGUGGCAUCUCCUCUGCCGAUCGUCUUAGAUCAUUCAAUAAAUUCCGUGUUUAACUUGACCAAUGACAGCACCGUAAAGAUAAACGAAGCUCCGGUUGUUAUUGACAUUGCUUCUGAUUCCGAUGAAACUGAUAAUCACAGUUCGUUAAAUCAAGAAAAAUCUAACUCAAUGGUUCCUGCGCCAAUUCUAAUGCCAUCUACACCAAGCUUUCGACAACGAAAAUUAAAAAAGGAAAAAAAAAGUAAGGAUAGAGAAGGACAGGUCGCAACAAAUACAAGAUUUGGUGCAAAGGUCAGCGACGGGUUCCAGCAAGCAGCUCUGACAGCAGAUGCAGAAAUAUUUUCCCUUUCAAACAGCUCUAUGAGCUCAAUUUUAUCUGGAGAUGCUACAUCGAGUUAUUCACAGAAUAAAUCUCGACUAAACUCAAACGAAUUGACCUUCACCGGCAGGUUUAAGUCAGUUAAUAAUUUGGAUCUUUCAAACCAUAAAAACACAAUCUUUGUGACCGGAGUCAACGAGUCAGAGAAACAUAAAAUAGAUGAAUAUUCCGCUUACGAUUCAAACGCAUCAUGUAGUCGUUUAUCGCCUUUAACUGAAUGCGAAGUAAAGAAAGCUGAAAAUUUAGUUGAUGCUCAGUUAACUAAUGCAACCGAGAAUCAGAUGCCUAUCCCUACGGUCAGUAUCGGAUAUGAGUCGAACACUAGACAUGAGUAUUUGGAAAGCAAUUCGCCUUCCCAGAUCCCGAAACGACGUGGUAGGAAAAAAGGGUCAAAAGGAGUAGACUCGCUUAUUGCAAAGGAAUCAUCAAGCCUGUCUCAACAAAUAUUUUUUGGUUGCUCAACUGUUAAAAAGGUUAAGACUACUAAGGAACUUUUUAAUGAAAUUCAGAGCAGAAAAUUGAGUGUUUCUAUGCAAUCAUCUACGAGUAAUCUUUCAAGUUCGUCAACAAAUCGAGAUCUGACUUCGCAUAAUACAUUUCCGAGACCAACUUCCUCGUGCUCAGACACUUCAAUGCAUUCUCCACAUAUAUUGGAAACGUAUUCUGGAAGUGCUAUAUUUGCAAGUAAAGUAGAUGAUCUGGCAAAUACGGAUAGUGAUACGGUCACUUCAGAUCCAUCACACGAUAGUAAUAAAUCACAAGAGAUAAAGGAAUGUACUUCGUUGGAUAGCAAUAGCAAUUCUAUUCAGAGCUUACCGUUAGCAAAGAAAAGGGAAAACUUGAUUCCCAACAAUGUUAAUAAUAUCACCACUCAACUAAUGCAUUUAAUUCACAGCUUGAGCAGCCCCCUCAGUGAAAUCGAAACUGAGAAAGUCUAUCAAGAUCAAAUAAUACCCUGUACUUGCAUAGUUAUCGAAGAAGUUCAAGCUACAUCAGGAGAAUGCAAUAAUUCCACUUCAGAUAUUAUGUCGUGUAAUGCAAAAAAAAGUUUAAAUUCUAAAGACAAAAUUUCUUGCCACAACAAUCAAGAUAAUUUUCCGAUAUCACAGCGUUCUGUUAAUGGUGAAGUAAGUGACACUCAGCCGAAAUUAGUAAAGUCCAUAUUUGAUCUAGAUUUUGAUGAUAACGACGAUCCUUUAUAUUUUAUUAGGGAUGAAAUUCAAAAGCCUCUUGCUAGAGCUGAAGAGUCGAAAAAUAAUAAAUCAGAUAAUAAAAACAUAUCUCUUGAGGUAUCUCCACAAAAUGUUUCGUUAAAUAUCAUUAAUUUUAGCGCCGAUGCUCAACUAGACAAUUCUAAUCAAGAAAGAGAAACAAUUGAAACACAAAAUGCAAUGCUUCCUGUUUUUACGGUUCACGAAGAUCCUGAUUGCGUUGCGAGGCAAAGGUUUUAUAUACAAACCAACAAAGUGACCAGCUUUCACAUUAAUGCGUUGCAUAAUUAUUAUAUACCAAACAUAAAUGGUAAUUGGAAUAGUGUGGAAUCAUUUACAAGUUUUCAGUCUAAGCACAAAUUUAUGGAUACCAUGGAAUCGUACACAGUGACUAAUGGAGCUGAUGUUGUUCCUAAAUAUGGACUUCUUACAUUAGAUCGAAUAAGAAAAGAUCUAAGUUCAUUAAAAAGUAUUAAACCUUAUAGGGCGAAAAAUUUGAAAUCUUUAAUUUCACCGUUUCUUGGUGUUGCUAAGUGUUUACCAACGUGUCGUCGCGCUAGACGAAGGUUCAGAAAAUGUGUUACCUCGUCAACUGCGAAUAAUAUAAUUUCAAACAAUUUCGAAAGCCCUGAAAAUAUAAAAUCUUCCUUCAAGAACUGCAACCCGCUAAAAGUUACUAUUGAUGGUUCAACUUCUGUUAUGUACAGCCAUAAUGAAAACCACGUGCCAAUGCAUGUCAAUACCAACGUCGAAAAAUUACCGCCGUCGCAUUCGUUCUACAUUGAUGCUAUCAGUUGUAAUUUACUGAAGCUGGCCGAUGAUAAAGUGCGUGAUGACGGCAUCAGCGAUAAAAGCAGUAAUCACGGUUGCCAAGGUAACAGUCCCUAUAGCAGUUCUAGCAGUAGUGGCUACUCCGGUAGAAAGGAAGAUCAAAACUGUUUAAAUAAAAAUCUUCAAAAUAAAAGCACUGAAUUAAACAGCAAAAAAUCAGAUAUGAAGCGGAGAAAAAAAAUAAUAUAUUUGGAGGAUGGCACAAAAAAGAAGAAACAGAAGCGAAUGAGGACUACUUCCAACGGAACUUGUUCAAAUCUGCCUAGUGAUUUUAACAGCAGUGACAGCGAAAAUGGAACGGAAAAUGAUUAUAAAAAUGAGUACGAGAACAGUAAUAAUGAAGAAUAUGCAAUUGUUCAACGUCCCGUAGGUGAUGGGGAAAGUUGCAGCAAUCACAUUGUAUUGACAAUAAAAAAAACUCCAAGUAAAAUUAAUUCUCCAGCAAACUCUAUCACUGCAUUUUCUCCUCCUUCUACAGCAGAUACAGCAAAUUUAAAAAAAUCGAUUUUAGACUUGUGUCUGGAAGAUACAAAUAUAUCACAAAGUAUAACAGAAAUUCCAGUAACAAAGAAAAAAAUGGAUUUGUCUAAAACGAACAGGACAGGCGCUCAUUUUGCCUAUCGGCGUACAGUCCGAAAACCUGGCAAAAGUCAAAGUAAAAUGAUUGAUCUAGAAUUAAAACAUUUGUUUCAUUCGAAAGCAAAGACACCAUAUAUCUCUUCAAAUGUUAAGCUACACAACAAACUAUUUUUCCCUCACGAAUUGUCCAGGGACAAUGCUUCAGGCAUAAAAGAAAGAAUAUUAAAUUAUAGCAGUAGCAGCAGCUCAAGUUAUGAUGAUGAUAGCGAAGUUGAAAAUACUUCUUUCGUGAAGAAAGCUAAUGUAAAAAAAUGUUUAACUUACAAUAACCAUAAUUUUGAACCCGGGAUUGAGGUCAAAUUCCAAGACGAUGAAGAUUCACUGUUAACUUCAUUAGGCGAUAGUGAUAGUGAUUUUCAAGAUGGAAUCCAAGUAAUAAAUGACACGAUUGAUAAUUGCAAUGAUUUUCAAAACAACAAAAUGCUGGAAUCUUUUAAUUCAAUAUUUGCCGAUGGUAUACUGACGAACCAGAAAAAUGCACCCUAUGACAAUAUGAAACCAUCUCCGCAUAUUACAGCGCUCGAAUCACUUAAAAAUGAGAAUUCUGAUACUAUUACUAGAUAUUGUAACAAUAACAACUUAGAUGUAAAUUUAUCCAAUGAGCUCAGUAACAUCCGUGAGAAACCCAUGAAAUCCUUAGAAUCAACGAUAGAGCUGCAAUCAAUUGGCGUUGAGUACUGUACAGGGGUUCGAACAUCUUCAGACUUAGCCUCUACCAGUAUCUCUGAUAAAAACAUAACUAGGAUUCAAGAAUUCAAAGAAUGGCAUCAGGUUCUUCAGUUAAAAUCGUACAACAAUGAGCCCUUAAUCGUUUUGCCUUACGUCUUGCUUGAAUAAAUUUAACGUUUCUUUUACGCUGUGUGAUAACAUUUCCCAAACAAAAUGAAGAACAUGUAAAGGCGUGUAGCGAAAUAAAAUACUUUAAGAAAAUAUUUAUAACUUAAAUUUAAUCUCCUGUUGUGUACACUAAGUACGUUUUAAUCAGAUCACAGCAGGGUUUGGUGAUUCUAUAUUAACAGGAUUAAAAAGAGAAAAAAAACAACGGGGUUCGCAAUAAGAAUUUUUGUUACUUUAUACUGUUAAACUUUUUUUGUUUCACUUUUAGAAAUUUCAGUAAAUUUAAAGAGAUAAGUAACUCCACGUAAUGUAUAAUUGUAAAUAAACUAGCCCUACAUUUAUUUAGUUUCCCAAUAAAUUUUAUUAAAAAAAAUA